UUUUUUGUUUUAUAUUUUUUGUUUUGCAUAUAUAUUUUUAGUAUUAUUAUUUAUCUGCACCUAAUAAAAAUGACACUCGACAGUACAGCCCAGGACACCCGCGAUAUCUACCAAAAGUGCGCCGAAUACAAGCAGCGCUCGCCGCACCCUUCGCGACCCCAUAUUUCAACGACAGUCAAUCCAGCGGCAUGGCUGGAGAUCCAUGGCCUUUUCAAAUUGCUGAAGCGCGAUGACAGCACUGAAAAUAACGACGAACUUGUACCAGAACAAUGCGAGGCACUCGGAUGCCUGUGCAUGUUUGUGCGCAAUGCCAUGGCCAUGGACAGGACCAACCAGGAUACAGCCAGCAGGGCCGGAAUAUCAGAAGACAUCAGGAACACAAUAUUUAGCAUGAUUGCUCUGGAGCUUGAGUACCCCGAGGCAAUGAAAUGCGCCACGGCAGCCGCCCAAGCGCUGUCCAACAUGGUCACUGGAAACAAGGCACAGCAGCAGAAGCUGAUUUGCGAUGAGCUGGCACCUGGAGGUCGCGCUGGUGCCGAAACUAUAUUCUGGAGUCUACUUACAUCGAUAAACAGCCAAACGAAUAUGGCCGGGCUCAUGCUACUGUUGAACAGCCUCAAGGGCGAUCCCGAUCUUACCAAAAUGCUGUGCUCUGUGAAGCCUGGCCUGCUGGUUGCCCGCAAGAUUGGCGAGCUGUUCGGCGACAACGAGGACGACGAAUCGGACGUGAAAACUAUGCUCUAUGUGAUACUCAGCCAGUUUAUUGAAUUUGGCUGCCUAGCACAACUGCUGAAAGACGCGCCAUCAUUGGAGAUGUACGGGCUUCUUGAUGCCCUGGCUGUAUACUGCAAUGAGAAUACAUGCGCGGAAGAUCGCGCUAUGGUUGCCAGCAGCAGUGCGCUGUUCAAAUCGUUCGGUGUCAUUUUAAAGCAGGUAGGCUCGGUGCUAGAGAGUGUCUGGAUCGGUGCUGAUGGUGACGGGAGCGACAGCAGCGAUAAUUCUAGCAGGGUGGAGGUGAGCAAGGUGGUUUCCGCGCACCGGUGCAUCGCCGCGACUCUAUCCGCUCUCGGGUCGUUAACAACGGACUGUAGCCCCGAGACUGUUGCCAUGAUGAUUGAGCACAAUGUGUUGUCCCAGGUUACCUCACUUCUUGGUUUGUUAAGCAUGCACCUGCCGCGAAUCGAAAACGCCAGCGCGCUACAAAAAAGCAGGGAGGAGGGCAUAGAGGAUGGAUCCAGCAUCAGUAGGCUAUUUAUGUUCAAGCGUGACCUUAUUUGUAUUAUCGGCAACGCUGCGCACAAGAACAACGAUGCCCAAAAUCUGAUCCGUGACCUUGAUGGGCUAGCUCUGGUGCUUGACCACAUGAAGAUUGAUGACAACCAUCCGUUUAUCAAGGAGUAUGCUGUGGUCGCGCUGAGGAGCCUGUUGGACAACAAUUCUGCCAACCAAGAGUUUGUGCGUAGGAUGGACGCUCGCGGAGCCACUCAGACUCCGGCCUCAGCAUUAGCUGGCAUUCAGCAGGCCGAUGUCGAUGUCGAUGUCGAUGCUAACGCCCAUCACGAUCACAAUGUGUGACAAAAUUUUGGGUGCUUUUUGUGUCAAAAAUCUGAUUUAAUUUUCGUUGAUAUUAUAUUUUUUCUUGUGCAGUUCAGCUUAAAAAGUUUUGACGACUGAUGAAGGAGAAUAAAACCAUUUUAAGCACUGC